AUGGGCUCAACAAUAUCGUCAUUAGGCACGUCAGCAGGUAGGAAAAGAAAACACUCUGAAUGCGAAGAUGAGGAUGGAAGUCAGACGGACGAGGAGGCAGUCGUCGAUGUAGUGAAGAGGUGAAUAUUUGUAUGCAGGGGCACCCAACGAGAAUAUAGUUCAAAACCACUUAAACAUAGCAUUGUUAAACGUAUUUUGGUAUUUAAACGGUAGAUGUAGGCAUAUUUUUAUGCCCUAAAAAUUUUUCAUCUGUUCGGAUUUCCUACCUGAAAGUCUAGUGAUCCGAAAAUUAUAGGAGUCAAAAAAUCUUACAAAACCUUUUCGAAAAUUUCAGCCAGAAAAAGGCUCAACUUUUCUUCCGAUAAAACUUCCGAUAACCCUCGACAAACAGAUAUUGAGACUCGCUUUCCUUGAACUGCUACUCCAGAAAAUUCUAGGUGACCUUUUUCUGGUUUUGUAGGGUAAAAAUCCGUUAAAAAUAGGCAAUUAGACCAUUUUUUGUUUGAUGUUCGAAAAUCCUAGGAGAGGCAGGCAAGCAAGAAAUUUUACAACAAAUGUUCCGAAAAUUGUAGAUCUCAAAUCGUCUCCCGAACAGAUAUUUUCCGAAAAUUGUCGUUGGGUGCCCCUGUGUAUGUUACCUUUACAGAUUGUAGCCAAAGAAAGAGCUAAUAUUUUUCCACAAAGUGCAUAGUUUGCUAAACUUUAGAACAUCCGCCAUGUUAUACACAGUUUGAGAAGCUGCUUCGGCAGUCUUCAAAUAACUUACGUAACAUGCAACUCUCAAAAUCAUCAGUAGGGAAUUCCUCGGACGCAUUUUGCGGGGAAAGUAGCUAGAGCAUCGCAAAAUGUUGGCUGUUUUCUCAGGCUAACGCUAACAUAUUUUUGCACAUACAGCAAAAUGUUUGGUACACCGGAAAUACAUUUAGAGACCGUCCGUUGUCAUAGAUAUAAAGGAAGUUCGAAGGAGCACGGGAUAAAAUUAAAAUGUUGGGCUCGGGAAAGGCUAUGUGUGGGUAGUUUGUCAUAACCUUAUUUGAGGCCCUGCCAGGGUAAAUUCCGACUAGCGACACGACCCAAAAAGUAGCGACAGAGCGUAAAAUGAAAUCGCGACAAGGGACAACCUCCCUCAGCCAAAUUGUGACAGUGAUGGAAAAGCCAAGAAUGAGCGACAAAGAACGGUGGUUUGGCUUAUUUAUCACCAGUCUAAAUGCUGAGAAAUAGUAAUUUUCAUCGGUUUUCUCAACGCUUUUUUUAUUUGUUUAAAUCCAAAUUGUACAACUGACAUAGUUAUCCAGUAGCCUGCGAAAACAGCCGUUUCUCCUUGCUCAUUGCUGUUGAGGAUGUUUGGCAAGGAGGAACAUCUGUGACUCAGUGUCAGAAAUCCAUACUGACAACGUAAAAUCUGUCCAGAAUCUGGUCAGAAGCACUGAUUGGUUAAUGGAGUAGAACACAGUGGCAAGGAGCAAGGAGAAACGGCUGUUUUCGCAGGCUAGUUUUCUAGUUAAUUUCUCUAAAAUUAGACUACUCUCAUUUCCUAAGAGUGAAUAUGGGUGGUUAUCUCUCUAAUGUGACUAUUAAACUUUCAGAAAAAAAUUGAAAGGCACUUGUGACUAUAUUUAUCAGACCCUCUUCCUUGAUGGAGAAGGAAGCGAUGUUACAAUACAUGCUCUAGGUAAGUAUAUAAGGCCUCACUUGAAUCAAAUUUAAUUCAAAACACACAUCCUUAAAAAGUAGACUGCAAGUAUCGAAGAAUGAUGAUUGUGAUAAGUUUAGAUGCCAGCUAGUAAUUUGUGAACAAAAAAUGAUCCUUGAGUGGAAGCCUUUAGAAACUGAUAUACCGGUAUUUAUUAUUACUGAAUACAGUCUGUCUGGUAAUACACUAAAAUGCUGCUCUCUCAUUUAGUUUGUACAUUGAAAUGAAUUCAAUUUAUGACAUUUGAAAGCUUAUGAAAAACCAGUAAAUGCAAAAUGCGUUUUGAUCAGCACUGCAGCUAUAGAUUGUUUCAAUGCCCUAUUUUAUUCUGAUUACAAGCCCCUCUGUUUACAAGCCCUCUUAAAACCCCUUACGGAGAUGUAUAAGCCUGGGGCUCAUAAGCGGCAAAUUACAGACUAUGCAAAAGUACUAAGUUUCUAUUUGAAGGGCCACACUUAAAGUUCACAAAAUUCGUUAGACUGGAAACUUUGGUAGUUUCAUCUGUUUUUGUUAACUCUGUCCUGCAUAUUCUUAUUCUAUGUUACAGGAAAAGAGUGGAAGCUUCACAGAAUCUAUAUGUGCCAGGUAUGUUUGAAAUAAUAAGUGAGGCCAUGCCCGUAAAAUCUCCUUCCCCUGUAUUUUUUUCUUUAACAUCUCAUUUUAUAUGUCAUCAGUAAUGUAAUAUACUUUAUUAAUUUACUUUAAUUUUGAAGAAAAAAAAGGCAAAAUGCAGAAGCUGCUGUUAAAGCAUUUCAAUUGACUGACCAUCCCAUUUUUUUCUAAAUGAAAGAAAGCAGAUAAUUAUGUACUACUGCUACUACUUGUUUAAAUACAUAACAAAGUGAAUGUUUCUGAAUUCUGCAAUGCCUGCUGGGUGUCAGACGUUGUGAACAAGCUCUUUUCUGCACUCCGUGGUGAUUUUUGUUUGAGAGACCUUCCACAACAUUGAUGCCUUUUCAGUUGAGUUCGUGGAAGCAAACAGCACAUUCUUUUUAGUGAUUUUCUGCUGCUUGCAUCUCAAUUUUUGCCUGAAGUCCAUGGCACUGGAAUUCACAAACAACCUCCUGGUUUUUUGGGUAGGGCAAAUUACGGCUUAACAAAAUGUACGAGCUGACACCUGUAUGUACAGUGGAACCUCAAUAUAACAAACCUCUACAUAACAAAGUCCUCUGUAGAGCUAACUGUGUUUUUAAUCCCAGCAAUAGUAAAAUAUAUGGAAAAGAACCUUGAUUUAACGAAACCUCAUUAUGGUGAACAUAUUUUGCCUGUCCCUUUGCCCUUUGUUAUGUCAAGGCUCCACUGUACUAUAUAUUAUUGAGUUACCUCAUGGGGCCCUUUUGAACUUGAAGCUGUCUUUUUUUGUCAUAGUCUUCAUACUUUCAAAGUAUGUUCAAUGGAUCAUGGAAGGAAUCUACUGCAGACCAUAUUACAAUGGAAAUUCCAGAUGAAAAUAUUGAUGUUGAGGGUAAUAUUACUCAAGAAAUAACUAUGUGAAUUAUCUUUUCUACAUCUCUAGACUGAAUCCUUCUUUACUGGCAGCCUUUGCAUCUGCAAACACCUAACUGCAGGAAUAGACAUUUAACUAAAGCUACCCUCCUUCAUCAUAUAUGCCAACUCUCCCAGAUAUGGCACUAAUAGCCCCGCCUCCUAUAUGGGUCACCCAUUCUCUUCAAUAAAAUUGAAUUUGGAGUGUUCCUGUGCCUUAGUUUGAAAUUCAAUUGAUCAUAGUUAGUUUCUGUGGCAUUUUUUUAAACAUCUCAUCACUGAAAGACUAUUUUAAGAAAAAUAGAGCAAAUUUGGACAAUUUGUUCCUCAUGUAAGACUUCGUAUAAUUUCCUGUGCCAAACCCACGCUAUAAGUUGGGGACUGGGUUGAUCUGUGUUGAUGGGGGGUGGGGUGGUUCAUGUUGGGCAUUACUGCUGAAGAGACAUGACAGUCUGCGGGCUUUAUAUCCCCAGUGGUUGGAAUCUCUGUACAUGUAGAUACAACCAACACUGACUGGUGGCACUGAGUAUUUUGAUGUUUAUCUCAACAGCACUGAACACAGCAUUUGGCUCUCUGUACUGUGAUGAAGUUAUGGUGUCUCCAGUUAAAGUUGUUCCUCUUCUGGCUGCAGCAAACUUACUUCAGUUGGUCAGUACAAUAUGCAAUCCACAUUAACUCUUGAAGUCCCAAGAGUGGCCAACAUCAAUAAAAUUUUCCCCAACAAUAUCAGUACAUAAUCAAGUAGAAAGGUUAUGAGAAUAGGCCAUUGAUUUGCACGAUGGCGUCAUUUUACAACUAUGACCAGAAUUCUUUUGGGUUUUUUUUUUCAUGUUUAAAUUUGGUAGCCCCAGGGAGGUUUAAAUAACAAAAGCCCUAAUUUGCACAAGAAAGCAGAACCCUGAAGGAUCCUGAUCAUAGUCGUAAAGUGAUGCUAUCGUGCAAAUGGCCUGUUGCAAAAUGAUCUCCAGAGGGGAAGUGCUUGAUCUUGAAACAAAUUCUCUCAUCUAGUUUUUCUAAGGAAUGUAUGGAGAUCAGUGUGGAGAAUUUGUAUGUGGGUAUUGGGGCUUAAAAAGGUUUAGUGUCCAAUUUUGCCACCGGCGCUGAAUUUUUGAGGUAGGAUCCGUACAACUAAAAUUUCCAGAGGUCUUGGCUUCGUUUCCAACUGGAAAGUUUUGGUAGAAAAAAUAUCUGUCUUUAAGAUGACUGUUUUUCUUGGUUGGAAUGGAAAUUCUCCCCACAGAGGGAUGAAUGAGCAAGACUGGCCCACUCCAUUUGCCUCCAGAAAAUUGACUGUAAACCUCUUGUUAAUAUUUUAUCAUUUUUUGUAAAAAAAAGUUGCAUUAUGUGAAAAGUCAAAAGAUUGAGGCCCAGUCCACAGUAAUGCGUUUGUGUUUUCGUUGUCGUUGAAGCGCAUCGAUCUAUUCACGCGCACACUUCCGUUUUGAUGCGUUUUUGACGGUCCACAUUAUAACGUUAGAAAACGAUAGAAUUGUACGUUGUGAUGUAAGUUGAAUUCUAUGCGCAUGCUACAAACACACGCGCCUGUGUUAUUUUCAGUCAUCGUUUUCAUUUUUAUGCGUUUUCGACCCAUCCACGCUUAUACAAUCUGUUUGCGUUUUCGUUUUCAUCCACUUUCAAGAGCAUUUUCAAAUAGAUAUGUUUUAGAUGAAAACGCUCAGCGUAUUGGUGUGGAUGGGAGGCCUUAAAUGCAUCGAAAUGUAUGCAUUCUCUAAUGAAAACGCAUUAGUGUGGAUAGAGCCUAAAAAUCAUUGACCUUGAUAUUUAUUUAUUUUUUCUGCAGGAAGGCUUGUCUCAGCAGUGUGCUGAAGCUAUGAUAGAAACGAUAAACAGAGCUACAGUUUGUGCAUAUCAUGUAGCAGCUACUCAGUACUGUGAAACAGAGGUGCAGACCAAGUGUGUAAAGUGGCUUGAAAGAAGACUGACUUCUGAGACUUCGGUUUCACUUCUUAAGGAGAUUAGGUGGGAUAUCACCUUGGGUAGGGUCAUCUCGCCACCAAGAAGUCUACUCACCACUACAUAAUAACUCUAAAGACAGCUCGUCCCCAACUCGUACCUAGGUCUUCUCGGUUAACUGUUCAAUAAUCUGCAACUUUGCUGCACUUUUGACGUCAUCGGUUCAAUAUGGUAAAAUUCUUGCAAAUUUGUUCAACAGUACGAUGAAUUAUGAAUUACGCACGUGAUUUUAGCCAAUCAGAAACCAAAAAAAUAUAUUGAAUGAAUAAUAAUAAAGUUUACUCCAGACUCGUGCAUGUGCCAAGGAUUGUGAUGUGGUCAUUCACAGAAAAAUGUUUUUGAGGCAUGAUUAGCUAAUGGUUUAGUUCUAUUUUUUGUGAAUACUUGCGACUUUUAAUAUGGCUCAUUUGCAUCGCUUGAGUUAAUUGAAAUAUAUUAAGAUAUGUAUUUCUUGAUGGCGAGCUAUUUUGGUGGCGAGGUGAUCGGAUACUCCUGAGUACAUGUAUACAGGUUCCGCGUUACGACGUCCAGUCAAAAUGUUAAGUGCAUUCCUUAUUUUUUUAUUUAGUCAUAACUGGUCUAAUCAUAGGCAGUUGACAGUACUAACUGUUUCAAGUGUCAAAAAACAGCAUAGGAAACGUUGGUCUGCUACACUGCUGUCUUCUUUGUGUCGUCCGCGUUGCGUGACGACAUAAAGAAAAGCUGCACCCGGCGAGUACCGCUCGAGAAAUAAACUUGAGUGCAGCCUUCAGUUUUUUACGUCGGAAUGUAAAACACGGUAAUAAAUGUAUCAUGAAACAAUAAUCCAUGGAAAAUCGAGUGUAACCUCAGCUAAUAAUUGUAAUGAUUACUGAAUAUAGUAAUCUUCCAACACUUACUAUUUCUUCGUUUGUUUCUGAUGUUAGAACAUUGUUCAAGUAUGUAGUAAGCGACUGUUAUGAAGCUUCUGACCUACUUUGGUUUGUUUAACAUAACAUUCGCCAGAGUAGUUCCCUCAUAUGAAGAACAAUUCUUAGGUUAAACGUUCGCUGAGUGUUUUUGUCGUUUUUUUUUUUUUGUGGAAAUGAGACACUGUUGCGUCUGAAGCUCAACUAACAGUCUAAUCGAUAGCAUGUCCUUCAAGAUUCUAAGGACCUACCCACCUACCCCUCCCCUAACCAAACGUUAUCACUAAAUUCUCACUUAGGGCAAAAUGUUGAGUCUAGGGAGAGGUAGGUGGGUAGAUUCUUUGUGUCAUACUUAUUCAACAUUUUUUCAUUAAGGUAUAAAAUACGUCGAGGAGAGCUUGCAUGCUCGUGUAAACCGGGCUCUACUUUGCAUGUGAAUAGUACUUGUUUCUAUUUGUCUUCUAGUGUGGAGCUGAUGAGCGAAGUGGUCAAUUCUCAAGAAUUAUUUGUAAUGCAGAUUGAAGUAGAUGUAUAUAACUUACUGAAGGUCUGGGCAUAUCUACAUCUUCAUCCCAACUGGGAGGGAAGCUGGAAAGAUGUACGCGCACAAAGCAAUACAUACUUUGCAUCACGAGCAACUGAUAGCAGCCUUUGUUUUCUAGAGACUGAUGAGGGUAGAAAGUUUGUUCCUGCCUUCAGAGCGAUCAGGCUACAUCAUGUUGUAAAUGACAUACGUUCAAUUCAGCUCUUGGACACUGACAGAAUUAUUCCUCAAGGUACUCAACCUGUUUUUGCGACUCAGUCUUUAUCUUAUUAGAGAAGCUUUUAAGUGUUGUACACAUGAGAGUUUGUAUCUACCAAAGCGCAAAUUUUGAACGUUUACCAAGAGUGAACUGCGGUCGUUUCGCCCGAAAAACCAUUCGCCCGAAGGCAUUCGUUAGGACUUCAGUCGAUUCGCCCGAUGACAUACAACACUCUACAACAUGGUAAACUAACUUCUCCGAGAUGUAAUUUUAGUUAACCUUGGAUUCCACAUGUGCAGUCACUGUCUUUUCAUGCUUUUUCCUUUUUCUCAGGCUUAAAGAACGACAGCAUCGGGCGAAUAGACUUAGUCUGGGCGAACUGCCAUCGCGCUAAACGACCCAAUAUCCAUGCCCUCACCCGCUCUGUCUGUGUAACUGUAGCUCUGGAGUUAGCCUUUGCUUUGCCAAUAUCGCACGUCGAACUAGUUGUCAAAAAAGAGACCAGAGUGUGGAUUCUUUUCUGUGUCUAAUGCUCCUCUUUUGUACAGGGGACAAUCCUGGUGUUACAAUGCUACUUCCUUGUGUGAACGAGUGUUGACUGUUUAAUCUCAUUUACCUUCAGAUUGGUUACAUCCAGUGUACAAAUCGCAGUGGGUUUGUAUGCUUUCUGUAUCCCAAAAUCGAGACUCAAGUCCAUCAAUUGACAAAUUUAGAACCAAUGCUCUCAGGUGUGGACGGAUACUAGAGAGGAACUCAUCGGUGAGUUUUUUCGUAAUUUCUUAGCAGUGAAGCGCUUGCACUUAAACGACAUUUUUGCCAACAGCUUGUAGAACAAGGGAAAUUGCAGAGUUGCUAAAUUCUACUAAGACAUUACCUGGAAGGGAUUUAGAGAAGUCAGUGAGCAUUUUAACCAAUUUUCCCGCCCUGAACCUCCCGUGUGGAUCCACGUCCCUUGAACUGCUUAUGUAGUCACCAUUUUUAUCGCUCGUAAAGAUACAAAGUCGUUUUGAUACAAGUCGUUUCGAUGCGUACUCAACCAAUGAACAAGAAAAAUAUUUGGGGUGAACAUUCUUCGUUCUUUAAGCCUAGUGCGUGAAACUACUUACACGUCGACUGAAUAAACUUGUAUCGAAACGACUUGUGCAGGGGACGGGGGGGGAAGAGAGAAAGGAGAGUGGAGGGGAGAAAGCGAAAGGUGAAAGUCGAGACUGCUGCGUCAAUUUUAAACCCGAAAACUAUCUCGAGAUUUUGCUUUCUGUGCAUGCCCGAACUUCGGAGCUGAUAUUUUGAAUCAUUGAAACAGAAGGCCAUGAAGUGCUCCACGUCCACGUUUUUUAACGUUUUAGCUUUUAUAGUCAAUGACCAGUUUUAGCUUUAAAGUAUUCCAAAAUUCCUGGUGGAGAGUGGGUUAACACAAUUCCGAAACUUUACUGAGACUUAUUUGCCUGUUAUUAGCGAGUAAUUCUUUAUUUUUUUCUAUUCUCAUACUACUUUCAUGAAUUUCAUGUCAGGUUAAACUUCCCUUAAGCGUGGCCGAGUGGUCAGCGCGUCGGACUCGCAAUCCGGCGGUCCCGGGUUCGAGUCCCGCUCUGGCCACUUGCUGGAUUUGUUCCCGAGUUCAAAUUCUCGGCCACCGCCAGUUGGGGUUUUUAAUCCUGUUAUGUUGUAUUUGAAUUCAAAGUGCCUGUAAAUUAGCUGACUAGCUAAGUGCACCUUCCACUAUAAACAUGCCUUUAACCUUUAACCUUUUUUAACACCGGAGAAUACAAAGCUGGACUGAAAUUAAUUUAGUGCACGACAGUGGAGGACAUAAAGCGUACAUGUUUCUCUAAUGAAGUGUUUUUUAUUUUGUUUUUACAGUAUUGCUGGCGUUGGACAGGGUUCUCUUAUGGCAUUGACGUCAUAGUUACGUACAGCCCGAGAAUGAGGCAACUUUUGCUUAGACGCAAUACUUAUACACACCCCGUUAGCGGGGCAGUAUAUCUUCAUCAACAGAAGAAUAUUAUCGUGCGCGUGGCUGCGGCUUCAUUUGACGCAAAGGGUUGCACCAGUUACUACACUUGCUCUGGACUGUUGGAUUUGACACUUGACCCGGAUGAGGAAAAGGUGGUGCUACAGCUCGAUCGGUCAGCAGUUUUUCCCCUAAGCGUUAGUGUACAUAUGGCUCAUGUUUCGUGCUCAGCUACGAGUAUUCAGUCUCGAGAUGAACAAUAAUCAACUUAACGUUUAUUCAAUUUUUGUAGAGACCCUCAAAUUCCGAAACUUUACUGAGACUUAUUUGCCUGUUAUUAGCGAGUAAUUCUUUAUUUUUUUCUAUUCUCAUACUACUUUCAUGAAUUUCAUGUCAGGUUAAACUUCCCUUCUUCGUUUUCGUUUUUGUUUACUAGUCUUCCACGCAGCUCUUUUUAUCUUUCGUCACGCAAGGCUUGCGAGACGAGACAAAAACGGUUGCGUGAACAGACCAACUGUUUUUAAUACAGCCUAACAGAAAAAAGGGGACUAUAAAGUUCUAUUCCAAAUUAAAAUUAUUUAAAGAAAAAAACAAAACAAAACUAAAAAAAAACAAUAGUGUAGGGCUGGGCUUUAGAAAAUACUUAAGUGGUAUCAAGAGAGAAUAUUAUCUCUUGGUGGUAUAUAGUAUCGUCGUUGUCGUUAUUACGUUUAUGAUUAUUAUUGUUGUUGUUGUUGCUAUCAGUACAGACAUAAAUGUAGUUACUUCUAUGAAAAAAUCUUCAAAAAAGUGCAGGAUACUAAUUAACAGAAACUGAGAUGGGAGUAAAAAGUAUAUAAUGUUUGCC